ACCCUUGUCAACACUGAGUAUAACAAAAAUUUAAUUUGUAAAUAUAAUAGGUAAAAAAGUAUCAGAAAUGUUUAUUUACAUUAUCAGUUAUAGUUGUAUUAAAGUUCCUUUCCAUGAGUGCUUACUGACCACUUACUGUGUAUCAUCAUUAGAACAUGAUAUAUGACUAAAAAUUGUCCUUGUCCUUUAAAAGCCAUAGAAGUCACUAAGAAGCAUUGGGGGAGGGGGAAGCUGGAAUUUGAAGGUUGAAAGUCACAGAACAGUGGGUCUUUUUCUCUCUACAGGUGGAAGUGGUUGUCUCACAAGAAUGGAUGGUGUGCACUAACAUUUCUGGAUUCUCUUCCUGGCCUAUAAUGGCAACUCUGUCCCAAAACAGUGACCUUACUUUCCUUAUGGAAGACAGUUGGAUACAGCUAGUGGUAGAAUUUCUUAUCCAGUAGCUUCUGUUUUUUUCUAGUACCUGACUUGAUUAUUUCCUCAGUUGUUUUCAGAGCAAGCACUCACCUUUGGCUUCUAUUCUAAAAGGACCAGGCAUGCAUGGAAUCUUUCAGCAGAGCACCCCAAUAACCUGUUAAACUGUUUGUUCAUUGUUUACAGCUGUCUCUACCUGUACAGAUUUUCAGCAAAAGCCCUUCAUCUUAGAGCACUCAAAUUAGAUUAGAAACACUUUGAGUGUUUCUUUAGAACUUACUGUGGGAAUAAAAAUGUGUACUAUGUUGGUUCUUGUUACCAAAAUAAACUACGUGAAUGAAGUACAAUCAGUAAAUAGAAAUAUGUUUGCAGAAUGUUACAUAAAAAUGGAAAGGUCUGAAAUAUACAGAAUAACGGAUAGAUAAGCCCAGCUUCUUGAAUGAAUCUAACUAUUGAUAAUUUGACCCCUUACUAUAGCUGAGACUUUCUAAAAACUGGAGUCCCCUUGGAAACAGUCCAUGGUGAACCCCUCAGAACGGUCUUUUUUCAAGCUAUUGCCUUGAGCACGUGGACAUUCUUUCACCUGGGAGCCAGAGGAGGCUGCACUUUGCCCAGUACUGUGUGUGCUCCAGCCAGAGCCCAGGAGGCUAAUUGGGCAGCUGUCCUUUCCAGCGCUAGCCAACCAACUCCCGAAGGGUUGUCAGAGAUAAAAGAAAAAAGCCAACCAGCUUUCAAGGGACCAGAACAGACUACUAGUUGCUAAGCAAGUUAAAGUAAUUCAGUAUCCUUGCCAAGUGUCUGCCACACAAACAGGGAACUAACUCACAGGGAAGACGAGUGAGAUAGUGGUGCAUGUUGGUUGCCAUAGGAAUAUUUCCCUGAUUGGAACAAGACCAAAGCGGGAGAGCAAGACAGCAGCAUCCCCAGCUCUUUCUGCUGGGGAAUGGGAGUCCAGAGUGGGUGGUGGAGAGGAGGAGACAGAAUCAUGAAUAAACUGGAGGAUAAGCAGGACCAGAUGAUACCAUGAAGAGAAGUUUACAGGCCCUCUAUUGCCAACUGUUAAGCUUCAUCCUGACCGUGACACUGACUGAAGCGCUGGUAGUUGCUGUCCAGGAACUGGAAUCUCUUCAGGUCCUCCCCUCUGGCAGUCCCCCAGGCACCAUGGUGACUGCACCCCACAGCCAGACCACACACUCCUCCGUGGUGACACUCAGCCCUCCUCCCGAUGGACCCUCACAGGCCACAGCUACCAUGGCAACAGCGAUACCCCAUCAAAAUGGGCACCCUCCUAUAAAUGCCACUUCCACUGUCCUGGUGACAGCAACCGUCCUCCAUCCCGAAAACCCCCUGCCCACUGGUUCUCCUCCAGUUGCUGUGGCAACCACAUACUCCCACUCAGAGAGCCAUCCCACAGGGGAAGUCACCCCCACCAUCUUGCUGACAAAGCUAACAGGAGCCACCAGCCGCCCCACCACAGCAGCUCCUCGAGCUACCACGCGCAGGUCCCCCCGACUCUCAGGCUCUUCCCGAAAAGGGGCUGGGGGCUCAUCACGCCCUAUCCUACCUGCACCUGGUGGCCACGCUGGGAGGAAAGAAGGCCAGCGGGGGCGAAAUCAGAGCUCCACACACCUGGGGCAGAAGCGCCCACUAGGGAAAAUCUUUCAGAUCUACAAGGGCAACUUCACAGGGUCUGUGGCAUCAGAUCCCUCUGCUCCUUCCCCCAGGACCCCUAACGUCUCUUUGCCACAGCCCCAGACAGUGGCUGCAACCACAGCACCCAGAAAUGCCUCAUGGGUGCCACCUCCCACCCUCCUGGUACCUGCAGAAGACAGUCCAGGACUUGUCACAGCAGACCAAGGGGGUGGUUCCAACCUCAUGAGCCCAGGAAAGGAGCUGAACACCACAGCAUCUGCAGUUCCUACCAGUUCACAAGCCACCCCAGUGCCUUCUCAGCACCCCCAUGGUGACACACAGGACAGCCCCGGCCUCAGUGACUCUUGGCUUACUGUCACCCCUGGCACCAACAGACCUCCAUCUGCCAGCUUUGGGGUCUUUACAGUUAUGAUGGGGCCAACCCAGGCUGCCUUCAAUGCCAGCAUCUCAGCCCCUUCCCAGGGGAUUCCUCAGGGAAUAUCCACAACCCCACAGGCCCCAGCCCAUCCCCCUGGAAUCUCAGAAAGCACUGUUUCUCUAGCUGAGGAGGAGGCUACCACCUCCCCCUCGAUGACCAACAGGGUGCCCAGUCCUCUCUCCACAGUGGUGUCCACAGCCACGGGGAACUUCCUCAAUCGCCUGGUCCCUGCAGGGACCUGGAAGCCUGGAACAGCAGCGAACAUCUCCCAUGUGGCUGAAGGGGACAAGCCCCAGCACAGAGCCACCAUCUGCCUGAGCAAGAUGGACAUCGCCUGGGUGAUCCUAGCAAUCAGUGUACCCAUCUCCUCCUGCUCCGUCUUGCUGACAGUGUGCUGCAUGAGGAGGAAGAAGAAGACAGCCAACCCUGAGAACAACCUGAGCUACUGGAACAACGCCAUCACCAUGGACUACUUCAACAGGCACGCAGUGGAGCUGCCCCGGGAGAUUCAGUCCCUGGAGACCUCUGAGGACCAGCUCUCCGAGCCCCGCUCCCCGGCCAAUGGCGACUACCGCGACACCGGGAUGGUCCUGGUGAACCCCUUCUGUCAGGAAACACUGUUUGUAGGAAGCGACCAAGUGUCUGAGAUCUAACUGCAGCAGCCUUCGCUUUGCCAUUCCCUAUUUUUCGUCUUUAAAAAGUAUAAAUAUACAAAUAUAUAUUAUAAAUAUAACCUUUGUGUAACCCUGACUUACUGAGAAACAUUUUCAGCUUUUUUUUCCUAAGAAUUGUCAACACAUUUUUUAUAAGUGUGGUUUAAAAAUGAAACAAAAAACUUUAAAGAAUGACCUGUGGCUUUAUAAAAUAAAGGUAUUUCUAAGCAAA